AUGGCGAAUCACGAGCUCCCCGCGAUCAUCGCAGAGCUCCAAAGUAAACUCCAAAGCAAACAGUUAGGGAAAGCCACAGAACUCCUCAGCAACGCAAAAAGAACUCUUCUCCAAUUGAAUGCCCUGGUCCCUAUGCCAUCAACCCCUCCCGAACUCAUCUCACUUGCCCGUGAAAUCUUCGAACUAGGCGCCAUCGCAUCCCUCCGCAUAAACGACUACACCUCUUUCACGAGAUACUACCAGCAGCUACAACCGUUUUACGACAAGGAGCGAGAGUUGGAGGCCACUGGAAGCGCGUCUGUGGCACAGCUAAACCUGAAAACGAGCCAGAGAAGCAAGAUUACCGGCCUGUAUCUGCUCUAUCUGCUGAGUCUUGGCAAUAAUACCGAUUUCCAUACUGUUUUGGAAGGACUGGUAGUGGAAGCGUCGUUGAAGGGGCAAAAUGUCGAGGAUGACCCGUUUAUUAGAUAUCCAGUUGAGCUGGAGAGAAGUUUGAUGGAGGGGAGCUAUGAUAAGGUGUGGCGGGAGACCAAGUCAGAGAGAGUGCCGUCGGAGGAUUUUGGAAUCUUUUCUUCGGUCUUGGUUGGCACAAUCCGAAGCGAAAUCGCCGAUUGCUCUGAGAAGGCUUACCCAUCCCUCCCCAUAUCUAACGGCAAAAACCUGCUGUUCCUCGACUCUGAAGGGGCUGUUGUUGAAUUUGCCCAAGCUCGGGGUUGGAUUCUUAGAGAUGGAAGAAUAUACUUCCCUCAACCAGAAACAACACAAACAACACAAAACUCAGACAAGGGUAUCCUGCGUGCUGGUGGUUCGAUUAUCGAGAAUGCAAUCGGGUAUGCCAGGGAAUUGGAAACUAUUGUUUAG